CGCUUCAGAACCAUGACCACACACGCGCGAGUGCGUUUGGUGCUGCAUUGUUCUUAUCAGUGUCCAAUGUCGCAACUCCGAUAUCGUUUCUUGAACCCUCAUCGGCCCAGGGGCUCCAGUACGAACGUGGCUCUUACCGGAGAGCCGCUUCUUUCCCCUUGGUUACCUGGUUAUUCUUCUUCACUUUUGACAAGUAGUAAUUGGUUAUUAUAACGCAUUAUCUCUGGGGCAUGGGAAGACGGAGCGAGUACAUAGUUGGUAGCCUCUCCCCUCUCCCUCCGUCGAGGCACCACGAUUCGGAAUGAAUGAGAAACAAAUUUAACGCCCUGAUUUCUACCCUUCGACUGUGCAGCUGGUGCUGAUAGUCUGGCUUUCCUCCUUCUUCCAUACAUUUCGGUGGCCGAACUGGGAAUUCGUUGAUAGCCCACCCGAAGUGAUGGUCAGUGUUCCGUUCUUCCGCCGGCCGGGUGGCCAACAGGACUCCCACCCGGGCCCGGAUCCCGGCCGUGAAUCGGACGACUUUGCAAGGGAUGCCGAUGAAACGACUGCUCUCCUCCCCAAACAUGAUGAUGAGCCGGCCGGUACCCCCUCACUGCGGCAAUGGCUGGCCGAGAUCUUCAUACUCCUGCGUGCCGCCGUCCCCGUCAUCCUCGCCUACACCCUCCAGAACAGCCUGCAGACGGUUUCGGUCCUGGUCGCCGGCCGUCUGGGCCCCGAAGCCCUCGCCACGGCCGCUUUCAGCUACAUGUUUGCCAUGGCGACCGCCUGGCUGGUUGCCCUGGGUGGCACCACGGCCCUCGACACCCUGGCCUCUUCCAGCUUCACCAGCUCCCGGGACCCUCAUGACCUGGGUGUUCUCCUGCAGCGCGGCAUCCUCGCUCUCUCGGCUAUGUAUGGCAUCGUUGCCGUGCUAUGGUGGUUCUCCGAGCCCGUCUUCCGCGCCUUGGGCCAGGAAGAGUUUAUCUGCAUCCGCAGUGCCAUGUUCCUCCGCUGUCUUAUUCCCGGAGGUUUGGGUUAUGUGUGGUUUGAGUCUUUGAAGAAGUACUUGCAGGCACAAGCAAUCUACCGCCCAGGAACCUAUGUCCUUCUGAUCACGUCUCCGCUCAACGCCUGCCUCAACUAUCUCUUCGUCCACACCUUCGGACUCGGCCUGUACGGCGCGCCGCUGGCCACGGGCCUGUCCUACUGGAUCUCCUUCCUCCUCCUCGUCGCCUACGCCGCGUUCGUCCGGGGCAAGGAGUGCUGGGGCGGCCUGCAGCCGCGCGCCGCGGCCCGAAACGUCCUCCCCUUCGCCCGCCUCGCCUUCCUGGGCGUCAUCCACGUGGGCACGGAGUGGUGGGCCUUCGAGAUCGUCGCCCUCGCGGCCGGCCGCCUGGGAACGGUGCCCCUGGCGGCGCAGUCCGUCCUCAUGACCGCCGACCAGGUCAUCAACACGGUUCCCUUCGGGCUCGGCGUGGCCGCCUCGGCGCGCGUGGGGAACCUGCUCGGCGCGCGACGGCCCCGCGACGCCGCGCGGGCGGCGCACGCGGCGGCCAUGCUGUCGGUGGUGCUGGGCGCCGUCGCGCUGGCUGUGCUGAUGGGCACGAGACACGUCUUUGGUAGGAUGUUCAGCAACGACGACGAGGUGGUUCGGCUCGUGGCGGAGGUGAUGCCGCUCGUGGCGCUGUUCCAGAUCGCGGACGGUCUGAACGGGUCCUGCGGUGGAGCCCUCCGUGGCAUGGGGCGGCAGUGGGUCGGCGCCACGGUGAACUUGGUGAGCUACUACGGCGGCGCCCUGCCCGCGGGUAUCUACCUCGCCUUCCAUGGCUGGGGGCUGGCAGGCCUCUGGGUGGGACAGUGUGUCGCCCUGUAUCUGGUGGGGGCUUUGGAAUGGGUGAUCGUGGGAAUGAGUCAAUGGGAUCUAGAAUGUCAGCGGGCUCUGAAACGGCUAGACGACAGCGAGGGGGCCGGUGACGAUGUUGUUGAAGAGGGCAGUCUACGAGUGUAAAGCGAGGUGUAAAGAGAUGUUCGGCCAUGUUUGAAUUUCUCAUGAAUAGUCGAGAUGAAACGAAUGAAGAGACCAAAAAUAAUAAUAAAAUAGGAACAAUAAAGAAGAAAGAAAUCGCGAGAACGCUUCAUAGCUUGCUAUUGGGCUCAGUGGUUACAAGGAUCCGUUCUAACCCCUUGCGCAUCUCAUCACUCAUGCCAGACGCAGCGGGCCUCCCCGUAGGGCGAUCUACGAAGACCUGGAUGAACUCGCCAACGGACCGGACCUCAGGGACACCUUUUUCGAAUAGAGCCACUUCAUACGUGACGCUCGUUUUCCCCAGCUUGU